AACCGACACGUCGGCAGGCCCAAAGCUGUUGACUGGUGAGUGGGUGGAUAAAUGGAUAGAUGGGAUGGUGGUGGACUAGCUGGCUGGUAGUGGUAUGCCAGAUGGUCGGUGAGUGCGGCCCAACCAAGCUGAUGAGGAACGGCUUUAGGUGUUGGGCCCAGAGAAGUUCGGAGAGGCAUCCAUCUAUUGAGAGUGAAUCCGAGGCAGGAAGUGGCCAACACAAAUGUUAUACGUCAAGUCUUAGACAUUGAACCACCCCCUUCAACGUGAUCAUCAUGGCCAUUUCGGUGUCGGAUAUUUGCGAAAAUACCAAGUUGGCUCGGGAGAUGUCGUUGAUCGGCAAUUAUGAGACGGCCAGUGUGUAUUACCAAGGCGUGAUUCAACAAAUCCACCGCCUCUUAUCCGGAUUGGAUGACCCCGGACGCAAAUACAAGUGGCAGCAAAUCCAAGGCGAAAUCGCCCAAGAAUAUGACGUGGUCAAGGGAAUCACGCACACCUUGGCUCUCUUCAAGGGCGAGAGUCACGAUACACGGCAAGUGGGCGGGGCGGGGCGCUCCGCUUUCGCCUCCUUUGAAGAACCCACCCGCGAUCCCGAUGUUUGGCCCGCACCUCCGCCCAAGGAUCCGGAUGUAUGGUCGAAUCCCACUCCAGCCGAUAACCAAGCCCGUGGCAGCUCCGUGCGGCCCGUGCGAGGCUCCAAGAAGAACGAGCGUAAUGCUAAAGGCGGGCACAAACCCGUGGCUAACACGGGCAAACGAACGCGUGGCGGGGCACCUGAUACGCGAGGUGCCAAAGGUCCGGGCAAAGGUGGCGAGGCUGCAGCUAAGAAGCCCGGACGAGGUCCCACUUCAUCGCGAGGGUCCACCAGUCAAGAUGAUAAAGGUCAGGAUAAGGACAAGCCGGACGAGGCCGAGGAGGAAGACCCGGAAGAGCGCAAAUUCGACGCCACGGGCAUCGAUGGCGAUUUGAUCGAGAUGUUGGAACGCGAUAUCGUUCAACAGAACCCGAAUACCAAAUGGGACGAUAUUGCCGACCUCCACGAGGCCAAGCGAUUGUUGGAGGAGGCCGUCGUGUUACCCAUGUGGAUGCCGGAUUUUUUCAAAGGGAUCCGACGGCCUUGGCGAGGGGUGUUGAUGGUGGGACCCCCGGGUACGGGUAAAACCAUGCUGGCCAAGGCCGUGGCCACUGAAUGUGGUACGACGUUCUUCAACGUAUCAUCUUCCACCCUCACCUCCAAGUAUCGAGGGGAGUCCGAGAAACUGGUCCGGAUUCUGUUCGAAAUGGCGCGUUUCUACGCCCCGAGCACGAUCUUUAUCGAUGAAAUCGACUCGUUGUGUUCGCGCAGAGGCUCGGAAUCCGAACAUGAGGCCUCCAGGAGAGUGAAAUCCGAAUUACUCGUCCAAAUGGACGGAAUGUGUAGUAUUACCGAGGCCGGAAAAGUGGUCAUGGUCCUCGCCGCCACCAAUUUCCCUUGGGACAUUGAUGAGGCGCUGAGACGGCGCUUGGAAAAGCGUAUUUACAUUCCCUUACCCACAGAGGAAGGUCGCGAAGCGCUUCUCAAAAUCAACUUGCGAGAGGUCAAGUUGGCCGAAGAUGUGGGCUUGAAAGCGAUUGCCCGGAAAUUGGGUGGAUAUUCCGGCGCGGAUAUCACCAAUGUGUGUCGAGAUGCCAGUAUGAUGUCCAUGAGACGCAAGAUUGCCGGCUUGAAGCCUUCCGAGAUUCGCAACCUGAAUCAAGAAGAACUUGACUUGCCCGUCACCAAAACGGAUUUCAUGGAAGCCAUUGCUAAAUGCAACAAGAGCGUCUCCAAGGAGGAUCUGGACAAGUACGAGAAGUGGAUGGACGAAUUUGGAUCGUCCUAAGGAGAACUCCUUUUUCGAACAACACCCUGCUCUUGCCACACCCUUCAGUGAACGAUUAGAUAGAUAACCACUCCUUGUGCACUUAUACAUAAAAAAAACUCAACAGGCCUUAUAAUCCACACGCA